AGGGAGCAAGGGGAGACCUUCGGCAGUGUAAUCAAAUUUGCCAAAUUACUUUUCCAAUGUUUCGUGAGUGUGUGAGCCAUUGCUAAAUUCUAUGACCUUCCUGCUCUCCAACAAAACACGUCAGGGGCUCUGGGAUGACAAUGGAAAUGCAGAGUUUUUCCUACCAAUCAUGGGAACCUGAGGACAGGCCUGUAUUUCCUGGAAUGCGACGCAAUCGGGAAGAGAUAGAGGGACUACAGGAUGUCGUGAGCACCAUGCACCACAGCACACUGCAGUGGAGAGGACGGAGCUGGUCAAGGACUUCAUUCACAAGGAUUUUCUCCAUAUCCCUGUCCCCCAUAAAAACUCAAUCAUGAUCUAAACCUGUCCACCAAUCGUGUGCCUGGAUGUUCCAAUCACUCUUAAUGAUGUAACUUUAACGACCUGCAUACAUUCUGACAGCUUAAUAUUCCUCCCUGGGGUCACCUGUCCACAAUAACAAAGUAUUUCCCACCAACUCCCUCUGGACGCUCUCCAGUCGUCUUGAGCGUGGAGGUAAUGAUAUGGCAGAGGGGGCGGGGCAUGUGUGUCUAUAAGAGCAGGCCCUGCACAGGGAAACCUCUCUAUGAAGUAGACCUGAGCUAGGCCAACAACAAGUUGCUAAAGGAGAGCAAGCAAGAGCAAACGGGUUCACCUCUCUGUGCACAGACUCUGAACUGUGGAUCGGUUUUUAUCCUGGAAACUAAAAAUUCUUACUUUUACAAUCUUCAUUCUUUUGGAAUAUCCUUUUCUCUAUCCAUUUGGUCGUUCAGUUCAGGAUGCUCAGCCCUGUUACUAUGAAGCAGAUCAUAUCCACUCUGUUUGUGCUCUGCAGCGCUGCAGUGAUGGCAGACAGUGAAUGCCCAGCUGAGUGCUCCUGCCCCCCUUCGCCCCAGCCGUGUCCGCCAGGCGUCAGCUGGGUGACGGACGACUGUGGCUGCUGUAAGGUUUGUGCUAAGCAGUUAAAUGAGGACUGCAGUGCCACCACGUCCUGUGAUCACAUCAAGGGGCUUCGCUGCCAUCUGGGGGCCGGAGGAGACCCUAAAAAAGGCCUGUGUAGAGCUGAGGCCCAGGGUUUGCCCUGUGAGUUCAGCGGGCGGGUGUACCAGCAUCGGGAGGACUUCCAGCCCAACUGCCAGCACCAGUGUAUCUGUAUGGACCGGGUGGUGGGAUGCAUGCCCCUCUGUCCUCGCCAAAUGCCACUGCCUUACUGGCGCUGCUCGCGGCCCCGGCUGGCCAGGCCCAAGGGCAGCUGCUGCGAGGAAUGGGUGUGUGACGACAGCAACCGCAUCAGUGAGGAGCCAGAGAAGCUCACACACACCUCCCUGCCAGACAGCCUGUCCCUUCCCAACCACAUCAGUGGGCUGCUACAGGCCCAGCCACAGCCCCGGCAACCAGCCGCUGGCGAGGGGGUCACACUCAGAGAGAUGGCGUCCUUCCCCGAGUCGACGGUGUUACACGUAUCCAGCUGUUUCCCACAAACCACCGAGUGGACCGAGUGUUCCACCACGUGUGGGAUGGGAAUUUCAAGUCGAGUGAGCAAUGACAACCCCGACUGUCGACUGCUCAGAGAAACCAGACUGUGCCAGAUACACCAAUGUGAGCUGCAGCCUCCUGCAGCUAGCAAGAAGGGGAAGAAGUGUCAGCGAACAUUCCGCCCCCAGGAACCGGUCAGAAUCACCUUUGCCGGAUGCUCAACCACACAGCGGUACCGUCCUCGGACCUGUGGGACUUGCAGCGACGGCCGCUGCUGCACACCCUCCCUUUCCCACACUGUGACGCUCCGCUUCCAUUGCCCCGAUGGAGAGGGCUUCUACAGAAAGGUCAUGUGGAUACAGCGCUGCAGCUGCAACACAAGCUGCCCUAUUCACAGCGGGCCCUCCAGCCCCUCCGUCAGCCUCCACAAUGACAUCCACACCUUCAGGCACUGAGGCAAACUCCUGUGCCCCACCCCCCUCACUGACUGAGCUUUACACUCGCUUGCACUUUAGGCGUCCUGCUGCCAGCACAUCAGUAUGUUCACACUUGUGUUACUUUUCGUGUGCAGGGCAACGCUGAGGACAAAAGUUGUUUUUCUAACCAGUAAUUGGGAUGUGAUGGAAAAUGAUAGAUGAAGCAUUUUGAAUAAUGAGGAAUAACUAUAUGACAUAUUCAUUCGCGACUAUAAGAGCUAUGUGUUCUUUAUUUUCUGUCCUUUAUCAUAACCAUGGAGUGAUUGUGGCAUUGAUUGUGUGUGUGUGUGUAUGUGUGUGUGUGUGUUUUUGUGAAUAUGUGUCUGAAGGAUGAGAAACUUAACAAUGAAGAGAGUUUCCAGAGAAUGUGCUCAUUAUGUUACUACAGUAUAAUGAGCAAAAAAUAGUGGUUAUGAACUUCCCCUUUAGUUAUGGAGCGGUAAAUACUAGAAUCACCACAUUUUUCAGGGUGUGAUUUUAUAUUUUAUUGUGUGUCCUCACACUCUAAACACAGUGUUUUAUUUUGAAAUAAUGCUAUGUAUUUAAGACACAUGGAUUUAAGUUACACAUUUCCUGCACAUCAAAUAAAAUUAUAUCAAACUGUUAUGCAUCUUAUAUUUUAGGUAAUGUUUGAAUUAUUGUAUUAAUCUAUGGAAAUGCGUUUCAGAUUUAGCACUUGAUUCCCGUAAUAUCACAAGGUCUGCAUUCUUCAUGACUUUACACAAUGUCGGCUGGCUGAGCACAAGUAUGACGGUGGACUACUGACUUCCUCAGCCUGUGCUCUGCCUCCUUCUGAAAGGAGGGAGGAACACGCCUGACUGCCACAGUCAGCAAUACUAAUGCCUCAUUUCUACCCACUCGUCAGGCUCCAAUCUAUGGAGGACUAAAAGUGCCACAAUUAAAUAAAUAA